AUGGGCUCUCUCAUGGUAGAGAAUAUCCCCAAGAAAAGCUUCAUGCCUUCAAUAUCACCAAAAGACCAUAACCUCCCUAUCUGCCAAACCACCAACAAACUAGACACCAAUCUCUUCGGCCUCAGGCGCAGAAUAUCUUCCUUUUCCUCCUCAGCUGCUUCCACAUGGGGAACUCUCUGCCGCUGCCAGUCUGCGCCGGCAUUCAUCUGCAAGGAUGCCAACGGCCCAUUGCAGCGCUGGUGGAUAUGGGGCUUGGCUUGGCUCCUCGCAAUAAAGCCAGGCUUUCCGAAAGACUUGGAGAUGAAUGAGGAGGCAAUGAUGCUUAGCUUUAAGAGGAAAGGGAGCCUUCGCCAUAUCUUUUUCAAGAUAGGUUCGGAUGUGAGGAGGAUUGCUCGAUCAGAGACUUUGCCAACGACAUAUAGAUGA